AGCCCCGCCCCCCGCCCCGCCAUGGCGCUGGCGCGCUCGGAGCGGGACCCGGCGGCCGCGGGGCCGUUCGGUUCGGCCGUGCCCCCCCUCUGCCGCCGCCGGCCCUGCGCGCUCGGCGUGGACGAAGCGGGGCGGGGGCCGGUGCUGGGACCGAUGGUUUACGGGAUCUGCUACUGCCCCGUGGAGAAGAUGGAGGAGCUGGAGGCGCUGGGGGUGGCAGACUCGAAGACGCUGUCGGAGGCCGAGCGGGAGCGGCGCUUCGGGCUGCUGGAGGCGGCGGGCGACGUCCUGGGGUGGGCGCUGCACGUGCUGCCCCCCGACCACAUCUCUGCCUGCAUGCAGCAGCGAGCCAAGUACAACCUGAAUGAGCUGUCGCAGGAUACGGCUGUCGGCCUCAUCCAGUUCGCACUGGACUCUGGGGUGCAGGUGGCCGAGGUGUUCGUGGACACGGUGGGGCCGGCUGAGAAGUACGAGGCGAAGCUGCGGCAGCGCUUCCCGGGGCUGGGGGUGACCGUGCGCCCCAAAGCCGAUGCGCUCUUCCCCGUCGUCAGCGCCGCCAGCAUCUGCGCCAAGGUCGCACGUGACCGGGCUGUGAAAAACUGGAGCUUCGUGGAGGACCUGGGGGACAUUGACCGGGAUUAUGGCUCGGGGUACCCCAAUGACCCCAAGACGAAGGAGUGGCUGCGGCGGAACCUGGAGCCCGUCUUUGGGUUCCCCCGGCUCGUGCGCUUCAGCUGGGGGACGGCGCGGGAGCUGCUGCAGCGUGGGGGGGUCCCCGUCAAGUGGGCUGACGAGGACCCGGCGGAGGACCCCACGGCCCCCCCAUCGCUGCUCUCCUACUUCGCCCGGGCCUCCCCCCGCCGCCCCCCCCACCGCUUCUUCCAGGAGCGCAGACUGCGACCCCUGGCUGAGCUGUGACACCCCCCCCAAAACAGGGAUCCUUGACCCCCACCCCGCAAUAAAGCAAGUGCUUGUUUUUUAACAAAGAAUG